GGGCAGCUAAGGUUUCAAGGGGACGUCCAGCGCUAGAAACCCGCUCAGUGACUGUGCCCCACACUCAGCUAGAGUCACCACCUAACUUCUUUUUUACAGGUCGGAUAGAACACAAGAAGACACAAAAUGGCCGACGAUGAGAAAAGGCGCAUCGAGGAGGCAAAGAAGGCAAAACAGGCGGAGAUUGACCGCAAGAGGGCUGAGGUCCGUAGGCGGAUGGAGGAGGCCUCCAAAGCCAAGAAGGCCAAGAAGGGUUUCAUGACACCUGAGAGAAAGAAGAAGCUUAGGUUGCUGCUGAGAAAGAAAGCUGCUGAAGAACUGAAGAAGGAACAGGAACGUAAAGCAGCUGAAAGGAGAAGGAUCAUUGAGGAGAGGUGUGGCAGACCCAAGAACCUGGAUGACGCCAAUGAAGCGGAACUGCAGACUAGCUGUAUUGAAUUCUGGGAAAAAAUGUAUGAUCUAGAGGGGGACAGAUUUGAUCUGGAACGCACCCUUAGGUUGAAAGAUUGGGAGAUUGCCGACCUGAACAGCCAAGUCAACGACCUCCGUGGCAAAUUUGUUAAGCCUACCCUCAAGAAGGUAUCCAAAUAUGAAAAUAAAUUCGCCAAACUGCAAAAGAAGGCUGCAGAAUUUAACUUCAGAAACCAGCUCAAGGUGGUUAAGAAGAAGGAAUUCACCCUUGAAGAAGAGGACAAGGAGAAAAAGACCAUCGUCGACUUCAAGAAGGGAGAUGAGAAGAAGGUAGCUGAAGCGGAGGCAUAAUGUUAAGCUGACAACUAAAUUUACUUGUUAAUAUUGUCUAUCCAAUAUAAAUAUCAUAUUUAGGCUAACACACUGUUAAAACAAUUCCAAUCCCAGGACUCAAAACGUAAGUCACCCGGUAAAUUGUAAUCAGACAUGUCCUCAUCAAUCAUCAGAACCUGAAAAUGAGUCGGCUACGUUUGUAUAUAAAUAAUAUUUUUGUAUGUGUCACUGUGUCCGACUGAGGUUGCAUGACCACCAGUGCCUCCUGUAUUGUCUACUAUGUAUCUAUAUUGACUCCAGCAUGCUAAAUAAAUGUAUUUGAAACAA